CCUAAAUCGUCAACAACUAGGCCGAAAUUUUUGAAAAGUAACCUUGUUUCCGACCUUUCCAUGGAUAUAAAGACCUUGCUGGACAAUCUUCAUGAUGAAGUAUCCUGUUCAGUGUGCAAGUGCGCAUUCACUGAUCCUAAACAGUUGCCUUGUUUGCACAGUUUCUGUCUUCAUUGCCUGAACGGAAUUCAACGAACGAGCGGCGUCCAUGGCAAAAUUACAUGCCCCGAGUGCAGGAGACAGUUUCAAAUCCCUGGAAGUGGAAAUCCUAGCGAACUUCCCACCAAUUUUCGUAUUAACAAUUUGCUAGAUGUCUUGGCAAUAAAAGAAUGCAAUACAACUAACGUGAAAUGUGGAAACUGCGACAAGCGGAGCGCCCAGACCUUAUAUUGCUUCCAGUGUUGUUCUUUCUGGUGCGAGGAAUGUAUCUUAGGACAUAACAUGCUACGCAUCAAUAAAGAACACAGAACGCUGGCACUGAAAGAUUUUCAAGAUCAAGACAUCGAGGCCGUGUUAAAGAGACCGGCAUUUUGUCAGAAGAAACGACAUGAAAAAGAAGAGUUGAAAUUCUUUUGCAAGGACUGUGAGGUCGCCAUUUGCAACACUUGUGCUGUAACACUCCAUGAAGGUCACGGAAAGAUGCGUUUGGAAGAAGCUGCAGAAGAGUGCAAGACUCAGAUUAAAUCCAUGACUCAAUCUUUAAAAGAAAAAGCACAAGAAAAACGGAAAGAACUCGAGCAAUUGAACCAAAAGAGCGAGGAGAUUAAACUGCAAGCAGCCUACUUAAAAAGCCAAGUGCAGACGAAUGUAGAUCAGGUUAUUGCAAUCAUCGAAGCGUGGAAACAGGAUGUUUUUAAUGCAGUCGAUUUUCAAGCGAAGAAUAUCACCGGAAUCUCUCUCACAGAAAAAAGACCAAGUUGAAAAUCAAGUAAAUAUUAUUGAAUCAGCAAUUGAACAAACUUAGUUCUGAAAUUCCUCAUUCAGUGAAACAUUUGAUACAAUCUUGCAGGAAGAGGGAACCCAAGGAAACCGUGACAUUGAAUGUAUUCCUUGGUUUAGUUUCACUAAAAGUGAAAAACUGAUUAACGAGUUGAACAGUGAAGGGAUAUGAAAUAUAAAAACUGUUUUAAGCGAAACUAAAAUUCAACAAUUAGGAGCUAAAGGUAAAGAAAGUAGUAAAGUAAUUGUCCGCAAUAAAAAGGGGCAAAUGUUCGUAACAGUCCUCUGAAGACUCAGGUACAAACCAGGAGUUUCAGAUCUGUGCUGUCAUUUGGACAAGAAGGUGAGUCUUUUGGAAUGCUUGCAGGGCUCUGUGGUGUGGCAGUGAAUGAUCAGGAUGAAAUUGCUGUAACUGAGUGUGGUAACCACAGGGUUUCAGUGUUUAGUACUGACGGUACCCACUUAAGAUGGUUUGGUUGGGAGGGUCAGAAUAAUGGUGCAUUCCAGUUCCCUUCAUGGAUCGCUUUUGAUAGUCUUGGCAAUAUUGUGGUGCCCCCCCCCCCAAAAAAAAAAUAUUGUACUGGCAGACUGUGAUAACCACAGGGUGCAAGUCUUUGAUAGGAAUGGUAACUUUGUUAGUAGGUUUGGUGAACUUGGAAGUCUUGAUAACCAGCUUAGUGACCCUGAAGGUUUAUCAAUAAACGGCAAGGAUAAUAUUAAUGUUGCUGAUAGAGAUAACAAAUUAAUCAAGACAUUCUCUUCUAGUGGGAAGUAUUUAUGUAAAUUUGGUGGAGCAAGUUCUUUGGUCAAUCCCUGUCACUGUAUCCAACAGUGGCAAUAUUUUUAUAGUCUCAGAGGAAAUCAAUUUUGUUCGAUUAUUUUGUUUAGACAUUUUGAUAUGUCGAAAUUGGUUGUGUUCUUGGUUAUGUUCUACUUGUAAAAAUAUUUUGUCCAUAUAAAUGAUUUGGAUUUCCACUGUUGGGUAAAAGUUGAGAUUACGCUGGCGCCACCUUCCUUACAUUGCCUCUAUUUUAUUUACACGCGUAAAUACAAUACUUGGAAAGAAAAACUGCAGCAUAUAUUGAAUUGACUAGAUCCAAACAAAGCAAUUAAUUGAGAUAAUUUUCUCUUACAUUGUAAUUUCACAUUAUUACUAAAUAAAUUUGCAAAUACUUCAUAUCUAGAAAUAAUAUACUGAUUAAUAUUUACAUACUUUUUUGAAAGCAUGAUUUUUGAAUGGGUUUUCACCUGUUCAAUAGCGAGGACAGCCUGAAUUGU